CUGAGGUUGUAUGCGCUCUCGCUUGAUGGAGUGAGGAGAGCGGUAGAGGCAGUUACGGAGGACUUUUGUGAAUUUUCAGAUUCGGAACAAGAACUACUUAUCAAAAAGACAUCGGCCCAUAGAUUCAGCUAGACCAGUUAAUCAUUAAAGUGAACAGAGCAAACGGUAAUUUCAGAGGUUUUCAUGCAUACCUUCAUAUGAAACCAAUCUAAUAUCUGUCUUAUUUCAAAACUGUUUCACUGAAGUCCUGGAAUUUGUUGAUUCUCUAUAAAUUUUCCUCCCUCGUUCUACCUUCCCUUUCUAUUCAUCAAAUUUGAGGCUCUGAAAGAUUUCAUUGCCGCUGCUGCAAGGACUGUUGAUCAUUUGGAACGUCAUUUGAUAGCCACUGGACUUGCUUCAUCGCGGAGUUUUUGACUCCUCAUCAUGGGGUACAGUGGACAAACUGCUAGAAGUGGAAGAAGAGGAGUCGCGGGAUGCUUACUGCAGAUGAUCACCAUUUCUUUGGUUUUUCUAAUUGCCUUCGUGGAUAUCGGAGCUUCUCAAGUAAGAGAUGAUGAUGACUUCAUGGGAUUGGGUGAUCUGCCAGAGACCUUCCCCUCGGACCCCCCGGAGCCCCUCCCAGUGUUCCUGAUGGAGCCCGAGGAGGCGUACAUCGUCAAGAACAAACCUGUCAAUCUUUACUGCAAGGCCACGCCCGCCACUCAGAUCUACUUCAAGUGCAACAGCGAGUGGGUCCACCAGAAAGAACACACUGUGGAGGAGAGGGUGGACGAGAACUCGGGCUUGGUGGUGCGAGAGGCCAGUAUUGAGAUCACACGGCAGCAGGUAGAGGAGCUGUUUGGACCAGAGGACUUCUGGUGUCAGUGUGUAGCCUGGAGCUCUGCAGGGACCACCAAGAGUCGCAAGGCACACGUCCGCAUCGCCUAUCUCAGGAAGACGUUUGACCAGGAGCCUCUGGGAAAGGAAGUGUCUCUAGAACAGGAAGUGCUUCUUCAGUGCCGUCCUCCAGAAGGAAUCCCUGCUGCUGAGGUGGAGUGGCUAAAGAAUGAGGAGAUCAUAGAUCCUGCUGAUGAUCGUAACUUCUACAUUACCAUCGACCAUAACCUGAUCAUCAAACAGGCCAGACUAUCUGACACAGCUAACUACACAUGUGUCGCCAAGAACAUCGUCGCUAAGAGACGGAGCACCACGGCAACUGUCAUCGUCUAUGUGAAUGGUGGCUGGUCAACGUGGACAGAGUGGACAGUGUGUAACAGUCGCUGUGGCCGUGGUUACCAGAAGCGUACGCGGAGCUGCACCAACCCAGCACCGCUCAACGGCGGCGCCAUCUGUGACGGGCAAGGCAUUCAGAAGCUGGCAUGCAACCCACUGUGCCCAGUGGAUGGCCUGUGGACAGAGUGGAGUAAAUGGUCCACGUGUGGGACAGAGUGUACCCAUUGGAGGAGGAGGGAGUGCAGCGCCCCGGCACCCAAAAACAGGGGGAAGGACUGUGAGGGCAUGGUGCUUCAGUCCCAGAACUGCACCGAUGGCCUGUGUAUGCAGAGUUCCUUAUAUCAGAAGUCCUCUGAAUUCAACAAAGACAAGAUUGAUUUGGGAUAUCCAUCUGCCCCCAGUACAGAUGACGUGGCGCUGUACAUUGGCGUCGUCAUCGCUGUGAUCAUGUGUCUGGUCAUCUCCGUCAUCGUGGCGCUGUUCGUCUACAGGAAGCACCACCGCGACUUUGACUCUGACAUCAUAGACACCUCGGCCCUCAACGGGGGCUUCCAGCCCGUCAGCAUCAAGACGGCUCGAACAGCUGACCUCCUGACGGCGCCCCCUGACCUGACCUCUGCGGCGGCCAUGUACCGCGGUCCGGUCUACGCCCUCCACGAUGUGGCCGACAAGAUCCCCAUGACCAACUCCCCCCUCUUGGACCCCCUGCCCAACCUGAAGAUCAAGGUGUAUAACUCCUCUGGUCUGGUAACCCCUUCAGAGGACCUGUCUGACUUCUCCUCCAAGCUGUCCCCCAAGCUGCCCCACUGCCUGCUGGAUGGGGACACCAUGGGAAGGAGGACCCAGACCCAGACCCUGCUCCGAACCGGCACCAGGGACCCCUCCUGUACCGCUCUGGGCUCCUUCAACUCCCUGGGGGGGCAUCUCAUUGUCCCCAACUCAGGGGUGAGUCUGCUAGUUCCAGCGGGGGCAGUCCCACAGGGUAGAGUGUAUGACAUGUACGUGACCGUUCACAGGAAGGACAGCAUGAGGCCCCCAGUCGAUGACUGCCAGACAGUGCUGAGUUCAGUGGUGAGCUGUGGCCCCCCAGGGGCCCUCCUGACUCGCCCAGUCAUCAUCACCAUGCACCACUGUGCUGAGGCCGACAGUGAUUCAGCCGAGGAUUGGCUGAUCCAGCUCAAGAGCCAAUCACAGCAGGCCCAGUGGGAGGAGGUGGUGGUGGUAGGAGAGGAGAACUUCACCACUCCCUGUUACAUCCAGAUGGAUGAGGAGGCAUGUCACAUCCUGACAGAGACCCUAGGGACCUACUGCCUGGUGGGCCAGUCCUGCAGCGCGGCCACCACCAAGAGACUCAAACUGGCCAUCUUCGGCCCCGUCACCUGCCCUGCCCUGGAGUACCACAUUAGAGUCUACUGCCUGGACGACACACAGGACUCACUCAAAGAGGUCCUGCAGAUGGAGAAACAGAUGGGAGGGAAACUCCUGGACGAACCAAAGACCCUCAACUUCAAGGACAGCACCCACAACCUGCGACUGUCCAUCCACGAUGUCCCACACACACUGUGGAAGAGCAAGCUACUAGCCAAGUACCAGGAGUUGUCGUUCCAGCAGGUGUGGUCUGGGUCCCAGAGGAAUCUCCACUGUACCUUCACCCUGGAGAGGUUCUGUCCCAGCACCGUGGACCUGGCCUGUAAGCUGUGUGUUCGACAGGUGGAGGGGGAGGGACAGAUUUUCCAGCUCGACACCACCCUCUCAGAGGACACCCAGAGUAUCGAUACGUCUCUGCUGGAUCCGGCCAGUAACAUCACAACCCUGGUGGGGCCCAAUGCCUUCCGCAUUCCCCUCUCCAUCAGACAGAAGCUCUGUGGCAGCCUGGACGCACCACAGAAUCGAGGCAACGACUGGAGGAUGCUAGCACACAAACUCAACCUGGACAGGUAUCUGAACUACUUUGCCACUAAGUCCAGUCCUACGGGGGUGAUUCUGGACCUGUGGGAGGCCCAACACUUCCCUGAUGGGAACCUCGGCCGCCUGGCUGCCGUGCUGGAGGAGAUGGGUCGCCAUGAGAACCUUGUGCUCAUGGCAACAGACCACUGACACCCGUCCUUCAAAGAACAGGAUGUUCCAGGGAGGAGUGAGAGAUGAGUCACAGAGAAAAGUAGUGAGAGAGGAACAAUCUGUUAGCUGAAAUACAGGAAAGGCAGAGCUAGACCUCUCUUCCAUCAGAGAACACACAUCCAUAGAGACACACACAAACAUACACUGAACAAAAAUAUAAAUGCAACAUGCAACAAUUUCAAAGGUUUUGUG